AUGGACGCAGCUUAUGUGAAGUUAACGAUGUGCCAGUGCCUCAUAAACCGGGCGGACUGGGGCUUGGCCAUCGGUUGCAUGAAUGUCGUCUACUCCUUUUUCCUGCUCCAGUUCUGGGCGGUGGAGCUCAUCAAGUCCGGCGACAAUUAUCCCGUCAAGUGGGUCCUGUUGUACGCCUUCAACGUCAUGUUCAAUGUGAUCACCAUGCUGAGAGUAGUGAAAAGGGAGAGUGCUGCGGUCUUCUACUGGAUGUGCGAGACGGGUGGCCUCCUCAUAUUCCGAGUGCACCACAUCUACUGUCAUCCGGAUGAGUUUUGGCUGGCCAAGAGCGAGAUGUACAGGGUGACCAACAUUAUAAUCGAUGUUUACAUUGGACUAUCGAUGUUGGCCAUGAUUUACGUGAUAUGUGGGCUGCGUUUCGAGCCAGAUCGAACGUUUUCGGAGGAGGAGCUGGUCAAUGACUGCAAACUUGAAGCCGAGGCAGCCAAAAAGUAUGAGAAAGCCAAAAGGAAAGUAGGAUUUGAGAAGCCAAUUGAGAAGGAGCCUCAGUUGGUCGAACAAGAAAUGGAAAUGCAGGAACUUAAUCGCAGAGCCAUGAUUAAACUAGCUGAUCUCGAGGACCCUGAUGCCAGAUCCCUCUCCCCACAGGAGUUACCUGCUCCCACAGCCCCCGAAGAGGAAAGUCUUCCCUCCGGCAUUGUCUUCAUCCAUGAGAAUCCCGAGCCUUCAGCUCCGCCAAAAGGCAGUCUCUGCCUCGACGAGGACUUCUUCAUCGAGAUCAAUGAUAUAGCUGCCCCUGGCGAUCCCCUCAGCGAUAUAUCAUUCGAUGCAUAG